AUGCUGUGCGACCACCCGGACUUCCACAAACUCGAGUGCGGGCAGUGCGGAAAGCGGCUGUGGUGCCGCGGACACAUGCGGCGGCACUGGCGGACGCACCUGCAGGCGCUGGUGUUCGGCCACCGGUGCCAGGAGUGUCCGAAGGCGUUCAAGCGGCUGCGCAGUCUGCGGCAGCACGUCAAGGUGUCGCACCCUGAGAAGGCGCAGGUGCGGCAGUGCCGCUUCUGCCUGGCCGUCUUCAACAGCACCGACAAGCUCGAGUACCACGAACGCAAGCACACGGGCGAGCGACCCUUCGCGUGCCUCACCUGCGGCAACGCGUACAUCUCGGACUACGCCCUGAAGCAGCACGAAAAGCUGCACGACCCUCCCGAGGACGCGUUCACCUGCGAGAUCUGCGGCAAGUGCUUCGCCUUCCGCAACUACCUCACCCAGCACCGCAAGAUCCACUUCGCGGAGGCGCGGACCGAAAAGUGCCACCUGUGCGGCUGGAGCACCUACAGCAGGGCCGUCCUGAAGAACCACCUGCUGACGCACACCGGCGAGAAGAACGUGACCUGCGAGGAGUGCGGCCGCUCGUUCGCGCACAAGGCCCUGCUGCACGACCACCGCGUCCGCAUGCACAGCGAGCACAAGCCGAGCCACCUGUGCACCUACUGCGGCAAAACCUUCGCCACCGGCACCAGCCUGCGCAGGCACAUCGGCCUUCACCAGGGCCUGCGACCCUACGAGUGCACCCUGUGCGGAACCACCUUCGCCCAGCGCUACACCCUGAGGACCCACCAACGCUUGGUGCACAAGGUGCUGCCCUACAAGUGCGACAUGUGCGACCUGACGUUCAAGUUGAAGAACGAAAUGCAGCGGCACCGGGUCGACGCGCACCUGACGACGCGCGGUGCUGGUGAAGUGCCCGAAAAAAGAUGGGAGCUGUGGACAGAGGCCGCGCCCGAGUCGGACGACGACUCGAAAGACGCCGACUACGCGCCGCCGCCUCCGCUCAAGAUGCGCCUCCGACUGACGGAAAACGUUCCUGCCCGCCGAAAACGCGGCCGCCCACGCAAAGUUCCACAAACCGGAGGGGAAGACGAAUUGCACCAAGAGAAAAAUCCGCAACCAAAGAAACGCGGCCGGAAACCGGCUGAACCCGAAUGCUUGCUCAGAGCAGACGUUCAAGACGAGGAGGAAAUUUUCUACUCAGAGGAGAAAAAAUCGAAAUUGGAGUGGAGGGACCGGUCGUACAUGUGCGAGUUGUGCGGGAAGCAUCUGAAGAGCAGCAAGUCGCUGGCCAGCCACAGGGAGAUCCACUUUGCGCGGCGGUACGUGUGUGACCUGUGCAAAAGGGCGUUCCACUUUAAGGACACGCUUCGCAAACACAUGAACUCGCAUCUAGGGCUGCGCGAGUACCAGUGCGAAUACUGCGUCAAGGCGUUCAAGCUGCACUCGACGCUACAGGCGCACAUCAACGUGGUCCACCUGGGCUCGGUGAAGGCGACCUUCGAGUGCAUCGUGUGCAAAAAGAGUUUCCACAAGAAGGACCACUACGACCGACACACGCGCACCCACACCGGCGAGCGGCCGUACGCGUGCGAACUGUGCGAGUGGAAGUUCGCCAACGUGUUCAACCUGCGCCAGCACAAGAUCAGCAUCCACAAAGUGAUGCCCUUCCCCUGCCAGCACUGCCCGCAGGGCUUCAAAGCCAAGAAGCUGCUCGCCGAGCACUGCGUCGUCGCGCACGCCAUUUACAUUUGA